CAAACUGCAACUAGAAACCCUGAAGUGAAGAGUGUGACUGCAUGCUUCGCUCGGAAUGUUGAGAGUUGUGAGAUCAUCCGCUCCCAGAUUCUUCACUACAGCCCCUCCUCGUUUCUCAGUUCGUUCCAUCGCUGAUUCUGCUGCUCCUUUCCACAAAAUCCAGAUUCAAAGGGAAGACACUAAAUUUGAUGCAUAUGUUGUUGGCAAGCACGACGCGCCGGGAAUUGUUGUGCUUCAGGACUGGUUGGGUGUAGAUAAUGAAAUAAAAGAUCAUGCAUUGAGGAUUUCUCAGCUUGGGCGUGGAUUUAAAGCUCUUAUUCCAGAUCUGCAUAGAGGAAACGCAAAGCAAUUGUUUCGUGGUCGUGAUUGGACAGGUACUAUUGAGGAUGUUAUUUCUUCAGUUAACUGGCUUAAAAACAAUGGUUCGGAGAAGGUUGGUGUGACUGGCUUUCGUAUGGGGGGUGCUCUCGCUAUUGCCAGCUCUAACAUGAUUUCUGAUUUAAACGUUGAUGCGAUUGUAGCUUUCUAUGGCGUUCCUUGUUCCUUGGAUGGCAAUGGCAGAUUUCCUGUUCAGGCUCACUUUGGGGAGCUGGACGAAUUUGUUGGCUUUUCGGAUGUUACGGCUGUGAAAAGAUUGGAGGAGAAAUUGAAGGAUUCUGGAGCUCCACAUGAGAUACACAUAUAUCCUGGCAAAAGACAUGCAUUUAUGAACAUGAGAAUGCAUGAUGAAGAUGAUGCUGCAGUCCAGCUCGCCUGGUCUCGCUUCCAGUCGUGGAUGACAACUUACUUGUAUAGUUAGCUAGUAAGAUAAUAUUCAUGGAAACGGAGGCAGUGUCAGAAGCUUCACUGAUCAAUUCAGCACAGACAAAUUCUCACAGUUCAUGUUUAAUACUCUUUUCAAAUUUGCAAUCUUCACAACAAUAGAUUGACUUCCUUAACUGGUGAAGGUGCUUGAGGUUCAAGACUAAUGGAUUAUGUGGUAAGAGCUGGAUAGAUACAAACUAAGAGUACACACAACACUAAGAGUACAAACUUAUUAAAGCUUAUCCAUUAGUAAAAGACUUGAUAAGCUUCAAUAAAUAUUCUUUAUUUUACAUUCAGAUGAGUUCUAUUUCUUUAUUUUUUACUCUUUGAUACUUAACUGGGCUAAUUUUUAAGUAGUAUUUGGGCCACUUUAGUUGAAAUACCUCUAUGGGCUUCCACAAUCAGACCAAGUGUUGCAAUAUAUUGUAAUUACA